AAUAGAGCAGCGGAGCACUCCGCGUCCCGAAUCCCAAUCCAGAGCUAGGGUUGCUGCGGCUGCGAGCAACGCCAGCUCCCGUGCAGGCUGAGCCGCCUCCGGCUCCGGCUCCAUCGCCGCCGAUCCUGAGGUGGGGGCGGCGGCGGCCGGUUUGAGGAGCAGGGGAGGUUGGGGUUGAGGUUUUUGGUCAUCGCUCAGUGCCUGGGAUGGGUGUGACAUAUCUGCAUUCUCCACCUGCUGCUAAUUUAGUCCGCGAGGAAUCGGCUCUUCUGCGCUCAAUAAGUUGCUGUCACAACUCCUAUUGGUGUUUGAGAUGCAAUUCGUCAAAUUUGAAGCCGUGCCGAACACUGGCGGUCAAUUUGCCAUUAAGGUACUUCAAUCGAAGAGUGGCUGCACUACCAGACGUCGAUGAUUUCUUCUGGGAGAAGGAUCCAACUCCAAUCCUGGAUACGAUUGACGCACCCAUCCAUUUGAAAAAUCUAUCUAGUAAGGAGUUAAAGCAGCUAGCUGGUGAAGUUCGGUCAGAGAUUUCUUUCAUAAUGUCGAGAAAAUGCCAACCAUGUAACACUGGACAUUCUGUUGUGGAGCUCGCUAUUGCUAUACAUUAUGUAUUCAAUGCCCCAAUGGAUAAGAUACUAUGGGAUGCUGGUCAGCAUACAUAUGCACACAAGAUUCUCACUGGGAGGCGCUCUCUCUUUCAUACUAUUAAGCAAAGAAAGGGCCUUUCAGGUUUCACAUCUCGUUUCGAGAGUGAAUAUGAUCCCUUUGGUGCUGGACAUGGAUGCAAUAGUCUCUCCGCAGGCCUUGGGAUGGCAGUCGCAAGGGAUCUUGGUGGGAGGAAAAACCGAAUAGUAACAGUUAUAAGUAACUGGACAACUAUGGCUGGUCAGGUGUAUGAGGCAAUGGGUCAUGCUGGUUUCCUUGAUUCUAACAUGGUAGUGAUUUUAAAUGAUAGCCGGCACACCUUACUUCCUAAAGCAGAUAGCCAGCCAAAGAUGUCUAUUAAUGCCUUCUCUAGUGCUCUGAGCAAGGUUCAAUCCAGCAAGGGAUUUAGGAAGUUUAGGGAGGCUGCAAAGGGACUUUCCAAAUGGUUUGGUAAAGGGAUGCAUGAGUUUGCAGCCAAAAUUGAUGAGUAUGCCCGUGGUAUGAUAGGUCCCCAUGGAGCAACUCUUUUUGAAGAACUUGGAUUAUAUUAUAUCGGGCCUAUUGAUGGGAAUAACAUUGAUGAUCUCAUUUGUGUACUCAAGGAGGUUGCAACUUUAGAUUCAACUGGCCCAGUACUUGUUCAUGUAAUCACUGAGAAUGAAAAAGACUCAGGUGGAGAUUUUAGUAGUGAGAUUACUCCAAACGAGGAAGGGCCUCCAGAGUCAAGCCAAGACAUUCGGAAGUUUUUAGAAAAUGGUCUUUCUAGAACAUAUAAUGACUGCUUUGUAGAAUCACUAAUAGCAGAAGCAGAGAAUGACAAGCGUAUUGUGGUGGUUCAUGGAGGCAUGGGAAUAGAUCGAUCAAUCCAGUUAUUUCAGUCCAGAUUUCCAGACAGAUUUUUUGAUUUGGGUAUUGCUGAGCAACAUGCUGUUACAUUUUCCGCUGGUUUGGCGUGUGGAGGCUUAAAUCCUUUUUGCAUAAUUCCAUCCACCUUUCUUCAGCGAGCAUAUGAUCAGAUAGUCGAAGAUGUGGACAUGCAAAAGAUACCAGUUCGCUUUGCAAUCACAAGUGCAGGUCUGGUGGGAUCUGAGGGCCCGACCAACUCAGGACCAUUUGAUAUUACAUUCAUGUCAUGCCUGCCAAACAUGAUUGUCAUGUCGCCAUCUAAUGAGGAUGAGCUUAUUGACAUGGUGGCAACGGCAGCAAUGGUUGAGGACAGACCCAUUUGCUUCCGGUAUCCCAGGGGUGCCAUUGUUGGGACCGGUGGUACUUUAGCAUAUGGGAAUCCACUUGAGAUUGGUAAAGGAGAGAUUCUUGCAGAGGGUAAAGAGAUAGCUUUUCUUGGUUAUGGUGAGGUGGUCCAGAGAUGCUUGAUAGCUCGAUCUCUUCUGUUCAACUUUGGCAUCCAGGCAACUGUUGCUAAUGCGAGAUUUUGCAAGCCACUUGACAUUGAUCUGAUAAGAAUGUUGUGCCAGCAACACGAUUUUCUAAUCACCGUAGAAGAAGGAACUGUUGGUGGCUUUGGCUCACAUGUUUCUCAAUUUAUUUCACUCGAUGGAUUACUUGAUGGCAAAAUAAAGUGGCGACCCAUUGUGCUACCGGACAGGUACAUAGAGCACGCUUCACUUGCAGAGCAGCUCGACAUGGCUGGGCUGACUGCUCAUCACAUCGCAGCAACUGCACUGACCCUCCUAGGGCGACACCGAGAUGCACUUCUGUUGAUGAAGUAA